AUGGAGGACCCAAACAGUAUCCUUGACACCGAUCUUUAUAAGCUGACUAUGCAUUAUGUAGUCUGGUCACUCUAUCCUGAUGUUCAUGUCACUUACGGCUUCAUCAAUCGCUCAAAAUCAACUCAACCAUUCACUCGCUCGGCUUACCAGAAUCUUUGUAAAAGGAUUGAAUGCUUGAAAACAAGAAUAUUAACAGACGAAGAGAAGGAUUGGUUAAGCUUGAAGUGUGGAUUCUUUCCAAGCAGCUAUCUUGAUUAUUUGAAAACUUAUCGAUUCAGACCAGAUGAGCAACUUGAACUCAAGUUUCAUCCCCACAAGAGCUCUUCAACAACUGGAACAGAAAACGGCCAGCCGACGAAGAGCGAUGAUCUUGUAGAAAAUGGGGCCGUAUCAGAAGACGCAGAUGAGGAAGAGAAGGGCGAUCUAGAGAUCUUGAUCAAAGGGCUUUGGAGCGAUACGAUACUCUACGAAGUGCCAUUAUUGAGCAUGGUCAGUGAAGCAUAUUUUGAGACGGUGGAUCGGGAAUGGAGCUAUGAAUCGCAAACGGAGAAGGCUAAGUCGAAAGCAGAAAAGCUGUUCUCGGCCGGCUGCAAGUUCUCUGAAUUCGGCACCCGACGACGGCGAUCCUGGAAGACCCAAUCCAUGGUGAUUGAAGGGAUCAAACAGGUAGUCGACAACAAUCCGGAUUAUAUGUUCUCUACUUCAAACGUCUGGAUGGCUCGUCACUACAACAUCAAGCCCGUCGGAACCAUGGCUCAUGAACUAAUCAUGGCUGAAGGUGCUUUGGGCGGCUACCAGGGCGUUAACAUGCGGGUCUUGACUCAAUGGGAAAAAUGUUUCCCUAAUAAUCCUGAGCUCUGGAUUGCAUUGACAGACACAUUUGGUACCAAGCCCUUCUUUGAUGAAUUGGUCAAGCAUCCCGAAAUUGCUACAAGAUGGACUGGGAUUCGUCAAGAUAGUGGAGAUCCUGAAACGUUCGCUUCAGAUGCAAUCAAGGCUUGGGAAUUGAUUGGAAUUGAUCCUAAGACAAAAUUUAUGAUAUUCUCUGAUGGACUUGAUGUCGGAACGUGUUGUCAACUUCGUAAAUUUUGUGAAUCGAAAGGUUUGAGAGAAAUCUAUGGAAUUGGAACGCACCUAACAAACGAUUUCCUCAAGGAAGAUUCUAGUACUAAAAAGGAGGUGAAUGGUCAGAAAAUUCAAUCCAAAGCGUUGAAUAUCGUGAUCAAGUUGCUCAGUGCGAAUGACAAGCCUUGUGUGAAGUUAUCAGAUGUGAUCGAGAAGGCGAUAGGGCCUCAAGAAGAGAUCGAUAGGAUCAGGUCAAUCCUCCACAUUUAA